GUAUUCGGACGCGCCGUAGUCGCUGGUGGUCGUUAUCACUUGACCGACCACAGUCACAACGGGAGAGGUUAUAAAUUCCCGAGCCGGGAUGAACCCGGGCUUAGUUGCAACAGGAGUCGCCGAGUGAAGAACGGUCCAGUUCAAGAACGAGCACGAGCGAGCAGUGAGCGUCUGUGUCAAGGCAAGAACCGAGCCAAGUGAUCCCGAGUCAACGUCAACGUGCUCUGUGGGAUACCUCCGGGUAGUCUACAGUCUCUUUGGUGCCCCGGACCUACUAGCAAGUCACCAAGAGGAAAAAUGGGAAAAAUGAACACUACAGUGUUGACCUCCGUGCUGCUGGUGCUCAUCGGGGGAACCUACUUCGUCACAGCUAAUGUUCUCUUUCGACGGUUCUUCAUCGUUUCAGCCGUGGAACGAAACUGCGUGCUGCCACUGAAGCCGGACUGGUCCUUCUUCUCGCCGCUGAUCUUCAGCCAGGACGGAACGCUCAUCUCGACGGAGAACGUGAGCGACGAAACCGAGGACAUUACGCUGGCCGUGGGCGAUGAGGUGCUGCUGUCAUGCUCGCCCAACUACUUCCGGGAGUUUUCGUCCGAGAAGGUGCUGAAGGCGAAGUGUAAGAAGGACAAGACUUUGGUUGUCAAUGGUAUGGACAAGAACUUCGUGUCCGAGUUGUCCUGCGAGGUGCGAUCCAUCGAGGAGAUCAUCGUUCCGGUUCGCGGAUGCCCGAACAACGCGAGAUCCAUCGAGUACGGUUACACCAACCCGGUGAACGAAAAGUCCUACAUCCUUGGUGAGGCAUGUUACGACGUGAAGCGUGGUCAAACGCUGUUUGUGCACACCAAAAUCAAGUCCGGAACGAACACGGUGGAUGCGUUGGCCUUGAGGACGGUCAACAACGUGAGCUACUUCCGCCAGGAACAUCCAACCUCGCGGUAUAAGAUUGAGAUGAACAAGGCACUAAACAUCAACGAUCAAGCCGAGAGGUUCAAGGCGGUGUUCGGAACCAAGAAUGUGCCCAAGAUCGAAGCCCGUCGGUACAUCAACGAAGAUCUGCUCACUCACAAGCAGUACCAAUCGGUGCUGAAGCUCGCCUGGAACUACCAGAUCAUGAAGGAUUUGGACGCGCUUGACAACUUCGACUACCUCGUCACUGACAUCACCGAUCUGGACGCCAAAGAGAUCGAAAUCUACACCGGAGCUCACGGCGUGCUCUCCCUGAAAGACAAAAACGACAACAACGUGGACGUUUACCUCAAAGAGAACCGAUUUCCGGUGCCCAAGUUCCACUGGACGGUGGUCCGGUCGGGCAACAAGGCGGUCGCGUUCGCCAUCGUCAACAAGCCCCAGCUGUCCGACAAGGAGCGCGAAAAGGACGCCUUCUGUACGAGCAUCUGCGAUCAGCUGACGUGGAUCAGCACGCUCAAGGAGAACGACUCGUACAGCAAUCCCCGGUUCGGGUACGUCCUGUGCUGUGAGCUGAACGAUUUCCGCAAAACCAUCAAAGAAAUGCCCCCUCUUACGGGCAUCUCCGAGGUUCUGAAGUGAGGUAGAAGACCCCGACCACGGCUGUGAAGGUUCAGAAUUCAGAAAAAAAUAGCAAAACAAAAAAAACGCUGGCAUGUGAUUUAAAUUUUUAAUUUUUUAUUAUUUAAAGCUAAACAAGCGACAAACCAAAGCGAUUGUACAGAAUGCUCUCUUAGGAUAGGCAAACAACACUAUGAAUAAAAGUACAACCAUUCCUACUUC